AAAAUUGGUAAAAUUGUAGGCAAUGGUUCUUUUGGUACGGUUUCUCAAGCAAAAUGUAGUGAAACCGGAGAAACAGUCGCGAUUAAACGUGUAUUACAAGAUCCAAGGUAUAAAAAUCGGGAACUUGCAAUAAUGGAACAGCUUUAUCAUCCCAACAUCAUUUUACUAAAAGAUUUUUAUUACACAGAAACCAAAGCUCCUGAUUCAAGCUUGAUGCAAAGAUACCUCUGUUUAGUAAUGCCGUACAUUCCAUAUAAUUUAUAUUCCAGUAUAAGAGAAGCUUCUAGACACAACAACGGAUUUGGCCUAAGUGAACCUUACAUUAAACUGUAUUCUUACCAACUUCUUCGUGCGUUGGGUUACAUGCAUUCGCUAGGAAUAUGUCACCGUGAUUUAAAACCACAGAAUGUUUUGGUUGAUCCUGAAACUAACGCAGUACGGCUUUGCGACUUGGGCAGUGCGAAACGGCUACACCCAGGUGAGGUUUCAGUUGCCUACAUAUGUAGUAGAUUUUACCGUGCUCCAGAACUUAUGUUAGGAUCAUGCGACUACACAUGCGCUAUCGAUCUAUGGUCAAUUGGCUGUGUCAUUGCAGAAAUGGCGCUAGGAAAGCCGUUUUUCGCAGGUUCGACCAGUGUUGAACAAUUUGUCAAAAUAAUUCAAAUCUUAGGGUCUCCCACUAAACAACAAAUCGAGAGUAUGAAUCCAGAAUAUUCUAACUUUAAUUUUCCAGAAUACAAAAAAGUGGAUCUUCGUCAAUUGUUCAAGAAAAAUCCGGAUUUACCGGACAGUUUCUACGAACUCUUAUCUAAUCUGUUUAAGUAUGAUCCCUCAAGCCGCAUACAUCCUUUCGACGCCUUAGCUUUGCCGUUUUUUGACGAACUGCGCGAUGAACACUACCGCUUACCACAUGGAAAAAUUCCGCCACCAAUUUACAACUUUUCCGAACAUGAACUCAACCAAAUGUCGCAAGAAACGAAAUAUAAGGUUAUACCAAAAUGGUUACUGAAAGCAAAAAAUAAGUAUUAA